AAGAGUAGAAUACUACCAACCGGAUAUUGGCUUCGUAGAGGCUGAAGAAGGCGUAGCUGUGUCACACACAGUACAACGAAAUGAGAAACACAACUAUCAUGUUCGACGCGCAUAUUGCAACACAGGAAAGAGUUAAUCUUUUAUGAUACACUCUGAAACAUUCACGAGACCACAAAGUAUUUCGAAAUGACUCUUCUUUAAUUUAUAUUUUCAAGAAUAACUAAUGGAGAUUAAAGGGAAGUUAACAAACAUCGUAGACAUUGGAAACGAGAACAGCAACUGUGUCGAGUCGAGGACUCCAGCAAAAGAUCACGAGCUUUCAAUAGGAAGUGACUCGAAGAAUCAGAGGACUCUCAGCACGUCCGAUGUCAAGAAACAGGAAGAUCUAAAAACUUGCAAAGCUAUCGACAAUAUGCCGGAGCUUGAGAACAAUGACAAGUUGGACGACGAGCAGAUCACCUUGGAUUUGAGUGAACCACCGCCGGAAGUCAUGGAGUACGCCAGAAGGGAAUUAGGAGAAACCGAGGAGGUCAAGUGUCAAACGUUGCAGGAAUUCCGUGACAUGAUAUUCGAGAGAGGCGAGUGUUUGCCACACAGAAUGGACGACGCUUUUCUCAUCAGAUUUCUUCGCGCGAGAAACUUUAAUAUAAAGAGUGCGCAUAAGCUGAUAAUGAAUUACUACAACUUCAAAGAGGAACAUCCGGAGAUCCAUCAGCAGCUGAGCUCGACCGAGAUGAGGUACAUAGGUGAAGACAAUGUGAUCACAGUGCCAUCGUAUAGAACUCAAUGCGGUAGGCGCUUAAUGAUCUACCGUUUUGGCAAUUGGAAUCCGCGUAAAUAUCCUGCCGAGAUGCUCUUCAAAGCUACAGUUGGAAUCCUUGAAAUCGGCAUGCUUGAACCCAGACAACAAAUUAUGGGUGGUAUAGCCAUUUUCGAUUUAAAGGAUAUCUCCAUGACACACGCAUGGUCUGUGACGCCUCAGGUGGCAAGCAUGAUGUUGUCUGUGAUGGUAACUGCGUUUCCUAUUAGAAUUCACGCGCUGCACAUCCUUAAUCAGUCGUGGGUCUUCGAUGCGAUCUUCGCAGUUUUCAAACCAUUGCUCGAUGCCAACAUGCGAAACAAGCUGUUCUUCCACGGUAACAAUUACGAGAGUCUGCACAAACACGUCUUGCCCCAGUACUUGCCAAAAGCAUAUGGGGGCGUAAGGGAAGAGUUGCCCUACUACAAAUGGAUUCAAUCCAUAAUUAAAGAUCCGAAAAUCGUCGAGGGGUUGAAUAAAAUGGGAUACAUUAUUACGGACGAUAUUCGCGACUCUUUCUCAUGAUUAAAGUUAAUCGAAUUCUGAGAGAGGCGAGUUUCAGGAAAAUUUUAAAACUUGUAUGUAUUUUUUAUAUGCAUGACCUACUAUUCAGCAAUUAGUUUGCACAUUAUUAUCGGGUAACACCAUUAGUUUUUGUUAUUGUAUCUUUUGAUCUUUCGAUUAAGCAUAUACGUUUUGAAUAUGUUUUAUACAGUUUGUUUUAUAUUAAUUUUAGAUCAAUCUUAAUCUUAGAACGCUAUUAAUAUUGAGUAAUAUAGCUAUUAAUACGUAAAUUUUACAUAUAGAAAAAUAGGCCACUCUUACUUAAUAACGCAAA